AUGCCACCAAAUCGACCGCACCGUGCGGGAUUCAACUACAUCCAGCCAGCUCCUCUAAUGAUGAACUUCCCUCCUGGCUUAAAGCCGCCACUCAUUCAGGGAUCCCAGCGGUUAAACCCGACAGUGGUAAAAAAUCUUUCUCCUCACUCAACUGCAACAAGUUCAGAGUUAAAAAAUACCUCAGAAUCAUCAAAUCCAACAAUCAUUGUUUACAUACCGCCUCCAAUAAUAACUUCACCGCUAGUGUCUCCAGCUUCAAAAAAUUUAGAAAAUCAACAUGUUCAAACACUUUCUGCAGCAAGACUCCAGCCAGAACAAGUCACAUUACCGUCCAUAACCUUACCAACAAUGAAAUUGCCAUCUUUGCCAAUAAUAAACCUUCCUACCUUUCCACCGCUAACAAUGCCACCUGCUUUCGAUAAACUGCUUACAACAAAAUCACCGGAGGAAACAAUUGUUUACAGACCCAUUAGUAGAUCACGAAAUUCCGACGAAGAAGAAUCCGAAGAAAAAGUUAUUUAUCGUCAGAAGAAGAGGAAAGAACAACGUCACAAGCAGACUCGACAUAAUAAGUACAAAGAAGUUUUGGAAGAGACUGAACCCUUACCAAUGACAGAUGAUAAUGCAGUACUGAACGAAUUUUUCGAAGCAGAAAAAUUCCCAUCAUACAGCAGUGGCAAAGAAAGAAGAAUCAUUGAAUACGGAGAAGGCACUGACGAAAAAAAAGAGCUUCCAAAGUAUGUCAAUGAAACCACUGACAAGAAAUCAGACGAUACCCCAUCGUGGAUGACUUCAUAUAGAACCUGA